AUGACCUCCUGCUACAUCAGCUCACCUCACUGUCUGGGCAGCACCCAGAUGCCCGAAGCCACAAAUGUCUGCGGCUCCACCACUGACAUUGGGGGCCAGCCAGGGGCAGAGGCCAAGGCCGCAUCCCUGUGCCUCUCUGCCACCUGGGCACAUGCGAACCGGGUGCGUGUGGGGGCAACCCCUCUGGGCCGACCCAGCCUCUGUGUGCCCCACAGCUGCCAAACUGCUUGCCCCUUGCCAGGGACCCGUGACAUUCCCGGCAACAUUGGAGUGUGUUGGAACUAUGGGGAAGGCGCCCCGAAUGGCCACGAGAAGGUGACCAUGCAGUUCCUGAAUGACCGUCUGGCCAACUACCUGGAGAAGGUGCGCCAGCUGGAGCGGGAGAACGCGGAGCUGGAGACCAAGAUCCGAGAGUCUAGCAAAUGCCACGAGUCCAGCAUGUGUCCAGACUACCAGUCCUACUUCCGGACCAUCGAGGAGCUCCAGCAGAAGAUCCUGUGCAGCAAGGCCGAGAAUACCAGGCUGAUUAUCCAAGUUGACAAUGCCAAGCUGGCUGCUGAUGACUUUAGAAUCAAGCAUGAGAGUGAGCUGUCCCUACGCCAGGUGGUGGAGGCUGACAUGUGUGGGAUGCACAAGCUCCUGGAUGACCUGAGCCUGGCCAAGGCCGACCUGGAGGCCCAGCAGGAGUCCCUGAAGGAGGAGAUGCUCUGUCUCAAGAGCAACCAUGAGCAGGAAGUGAGCAUUCUGAGGGCCCAGCUGGGGGACAAGCUCCAGAUUAAGCUGGACGCAGAGCCCACCGUGGACAUGAGCAGGGUGCUGGAGGAGAUGCGGUGCCACUACGAGGCCAUGAUGCAGACUGGCCGCAAUGAUGUGGAGCAGUGGUUCCAGGAUCAGUCUGAGAGCAUCAGCAAGCAAGACAUGUCCUGCUCCGAGGAGCUGCAGUGCUGCCAGUCGGAGAUCCUGGAGCUGAGGCGCACGGUGAACGCCCUGGAGGUGGAGCUUCAGGCCCAGCACAGCUUGAAGGACUGCCUGCAGAACUCGCUGUGUGAGUCGGAUGCGCGCUUCGGCACCGAGCUGGCCCAGAUGCAGAUCCUGAUCAGCAACGUGGAGGAGCAGCUGUCUGAGAUCCGGGCUGACCUGGAGCGGCAGAACCAGGAGUACCAGGUGCUGCUGGAUGUCAAGGCCCGGCUGGAGUGCGAGAUCAACACAUACCGGAAACUUCUGGAGAGUGAGGAUUGCAAACUCCCUUGCAAUCCAUGCUCCACCUCUGCUGCCUGUGUGGCUUCCCCCUGUACGCCUCGUCCAAGCUGUGCCCCCCGCACCACUUGUGGGCCUGGGUCGGCCUGUGGAGCCGGCACUGGAAGCCGAUUCUGA